AGCAGUAGACGGGUGGCAUCGCAGGGUAAAGGUGCGCUGCGAGGCGCAAGAGGAAGCCAGGAAGCGAGCGAACUAGCCAGCCAGCAUCUCUUGCGAGUGGGGCUUUGAAGGGCCUCUUGUUGCUACUGGGAGCCUAGCAGAGUUCUCCCUGGAAAAAAAAAAAGCACUCAAUCGAUAGGAAAGAUCAGCAUCCGCCACGGUUCAAGCCCGGAGAGAGACCGCAAGCAGCAUGUCCUUUAACCGAAAGAACUGGUCCGCGCUAUCCAGCCUGGCUCAACAAUGGUCGCUUGAGGAUGGAGAGGAGCAGGAGAGAGAGCGCAGACGAAGGCAUAGGCAACUGAGUUCCACCUCUGAGACAAAGGGGGAGGAAUCCUCCAGCACAGUACAGAACGUGACCAGUCACACAUCAAACAGGGUUGAUAAUUCCUUAGAGGCAAAGCUGCUUGAUUUGGAAAACUCAGCACUUAAAAAUAAGAAGACCGAACCAAUUACAAUAAAUAAAUUGGAAGGCAGAAGAGUGAGGAGGAGAGCAGAGUUUUUAAAUAAUAUAAAACAAGAGAAGAAAACACUAGUGAGUACUAAGAAAUUUGAAAAGGAAGCUGCUGAAGAUAAUCCUACAUCUCCUCCAGAAUCAUCCAAAGAAGAGGGAAAAGCAGAAAAAUGUGAAACCCUAAUUUCGCAAAAGCACGUUAUAGAAGAAAGCCAUCAAAUCCAGAGUCAGAAAAAAGAGGAGAUAGCCCUGGAGAAACAUGAAGUCUUGAAGCAUGAGAAGGACCUCAAAAUAGAUGAGGAUCAGGUCUUUAGUGAGGAGCAGAAGGUCCCGAGUGUAUGUGAAUCUCAGAGACUGGCUGUGAUUCAGAAUGAGGUGGUUUCCCAGCAGCCUCAAAGAGCUUCUUCGGAACGUAAAAGCAUCAGCCGACUUGAGGUGAAAAUUCAGCCAAGAGCUAGAACGUUCACUGAUCCUUCCGCUGCAGCCACACCUGCUUCUGAGGCACCACAGGUCACAGAAAAAGCUAUUCCCAAAUCAAAUGCUAAAACUGUAAGGUCUCCCUCUGGUCAAGAAGGUUUUGAUGCUCCUAUACUAAUUUCUGAACCCCGGAUUACCUAUAGUAGUUCAUUCAACCGGAUCAGCCCAAGGACAAUCUCAUUCCGGGUUCUUCCCAGGAAAGAAAGACAAGAAGAUAUAUUAAGCAGAAGUGCCAGUAUGAGGCUUCCAGCAAGCACAGUCAAACUUGAGGAGAAGCUAGAGAGAUAUACAUCUGCUGUCCAGAGGGCAGGAUCCAUUAAAGUGUCUUCACCUAUUCGGAGAAACUUCCAACCAGCUUCAGAGGGUGUGGCCAGCAAACGUAGCAUCUUUGAAGCCACUGUUCCUGUCCAGAGUGAGCCUCCCACUCUUGUCCGUAAGGAAAGUUUGAGGAUCCCAGGAGGGGUCUCAUCCCGAAUAAAUCUCUGGAUAAGUCGAACUCAGGAAUCCAGAAAGAAUGAAGGAGUCAAGGACAUUCAGAGAACUGAGAACACCAUACAGGGGAGUUAGUGGGGAAACUAAUCUGAUGGUUUGUGAAGGAAAUCCAAGAUGCAUCUAGACAAGCUACUCUCAGGAAAACUUACCUCCAUUGAAACAAAAGGCAUGGAUCUCUUGGAAUUCAACUAUAUCCCUCAGUUUAUUGCUCUACUCUUCUAUAGAACUGACCAUCUGGCAAAGAUAUCUAUCAACCAACAUGCCUACAAUGCCCUUUAUUGAAUGGGGCUCUUGAUGACUUAAAUGAUUUGAUGGGUGGGAAAAUUGAUCUAUGACAGAAAAACUAUAUUUCUAUAAUCCAUUUUUAUUUCUUUUUAUUGCUAUAUCACCCAUCCUCAUCAUCCAAAAUUAAGUUGAGUCUUAAGUUUUAUUAGCAAAUAUGAAAUACAUAUGGCUUCUUAACUGGAUCAUGUUUCAGCUAUGUUUCCACCAUGAUGAAUAUUUUAGGUUUGCACCAAGCAAUAGCAAUUGUUGCAUAAAUGUAGCUUUGCCUAUGAUCUCGCUGAUCUUAUUAUUAUCUAAUUAUGUUAUUUGAAUAAAAGAGGGAAGUUUUAAUGGGGAAAAACUGUGCUCAACCCUAAACUGAUCAGAGCCAUGAGGAGGUUUAAAGCAGAGACUUACCUGAAUACAGUAAGUAGAGUAUAAGCCAUCUGCUUAUUGUGGGACAAAGAAGGGCGCAGAGUGCUUGAAUAUAUGGAUGAAAUUGUUUUGCAAAAACCAUGAAAAAAAGUAAUGUUCUUCCCUCCCUAAAAAAUUGCCAAGGACUCAUUUUGUAUUGUAAAAUGCAUUCUAUAUUUAAAGAAUAUUUUUAUAAUAUAUAUUUCUGUUUCAGCUCAGUCCUAGCUAUUACUAAGACUCAGUAAGACUAAUGGAAGAAUGUUCAUGUUUUCAACAAGAUUUGCCAAUCUAUAUACAUCUAUUUAGAUUUACUGCAUUCAAAAGGUUUUAUCCCCAGCACAGUGGAUUGCAACUAAUGUCAUGGCUAAUUUUAACUGAAUCAGGGCUAUGGGUUGACACCUGUCCUACCUAUUAGCAUGUCAUAAUUAAACAACUUAGAAGUCAAACCACAUCCAUGCACACAAAUUCAGUAGUGGGGAUUGAAUUUGACUUUCACUUUUCAUAAUAAAUAUAAUAAAUAACAUUUGUUUCAGUGUA